UUGUGGUUGGAGUGGAAUAGGAAUUUCAUUACGGUGUAACCGUUGUUACGUUAAAAAAUUGGGUUAUAAUUUGAAAGGCGAAACUGUAUUUUUUGUGAUUCGCCCUUUUUUUUUCGUUUUAAUUUGUACUUUAAACCUCUAAAAAUGCUUCGCCUUUGUGCUCGUCCAUUGAACAGAAAUCUGUUUCGUGUGACGAGAUUGUAUUCUACUCCAGCCGCUGCGACCAAACAUCAGCUCACACCUGAAGACAUUUUCAAGCGGGAGGACACCUAUGGCGCCCACAACUACCAUCCUUUACCAGCAGCUUUGGCAAAGGGUGAAGGAGUAUUCGUCUGGGAUGUGACUGGAAAGCGAUACUUCGACUUUCUCGCCGCGUACUCGGCUGUGAACCAAGGACAUUGCCAUCCUCGAAUUGUGAAAACGCUUCAAGACCAAGCAGAAAUCUUGACGCUGACCUCUAGAGCGUUUUAUAACGAUGUUUUGGGGGAAUUCGAAGAGUUUGCUACAAAACUUUUUGGCUAUGACAAACUACUGCCCAUGAACACGGGAGUCGAGGGAGGUGAAACAGCUUGUAAGUUGGCGCGAAAAUGGGGUUAUCAGGUGAAGGGAAUUCCAGCAAACAAAGGCAAAAUUGUCUUCGCUGAAGAGAAUUUUUGGGGAAGGACGUUAGCCGCGGUGUCAUCGUCAUCUGAUCCAGACUGUUACGGUGAAUACGGUCCUUUUAUGCCAGGCUUUGAACUCAUUCCGUACAACGACCUUGCUGCUUUGGAGAAAUCUAUAAGUGAUCCAAACACGUGUGCAUUCAUGGUGGAACCAAUACAAGGAGAGGCUGGAGUAAAGAUUCCUGAUGAUGGAUACUUGAGAGGUGUUAGAGAGCUCUGUUCAAAGUACAAGGUUCUUUUCAUUGCUGAUGAAGUACAGACUGGCCUUGGGAGAACUGGAAGGCGCUUGUGUGUUGAUCACGAGAAUGUCAGACCAGACCUUGUUGUCCUUGGAAAAGCUCUCUCUGGUGGAGUUUACCCAGUUUCAGCAGUUCUCUGUGAUGAUGAAGUUAUGCUUACCAUCAAACCAGGACAGCAUGGCUCAACUUAUGGUGGAAACCCACUUGGCUGCAAAGUGGCUGUAACUGCUUUAAAAGUUUUGGAAGAAGAAAAAAUGGCUGAACGUGCUGCCAGGCUUGGAGACAUCAUGGUUCCAGAACUGAAGAAGCUGAACCCAGCUGUUGUCAAGACUGCUCGUGGCAAGGGACUUAUGAAUGCCAUAGAGAUAAUACCAACAAAUGACUUCGAUGCCUGGAAGGUGUGUUUAAAACUGAAGGAUAAUGGUCUUCUAGCUAAACCUACUCAUGAUCACAUUAUUCGCUUUACACCGCCUUUGGUGAUCACAGAGGAACAGCUCCACGAAUCCCUUGGAAUAAUUAGGGACACUAUUGAGUCAUUUGCUUGAGUGUGACAGUAUUGUAAAGGGUAUUCUCAUUUUUUUUUUCAUUCUGUUUUGUUUUGUUGUUAUUUUUGUGGUUGUAAUAUGACAUGUAGGAAAAGUGUGUUUACCUGAAAUUCAUUUCAUUUUUUUUUCCAUUUUUUUUGGUGACCAAACUGAUGUAGCGAAACACCAGGGCAGCCCUUGGGGUGUCUAUCUCCAGAUAUGUUGAAUUUUCUUAAUAGGAACUAAACAAUGUGCUAAAAUUAACCAACUAUGGUUUUGACAGUACUCAAUUAGACUUACUGAUAGACUUUUACAGGACUUUUCUUCCCUCUCUAUGUUCACUGUUGUGAUGAUUUAGACAGAAUUCACUUGGAAUGACCUGUGAGGUUUGGUACGAGUAAUUUCAAGCGAGCUUUUGUGUUGCUUGUUAAAAAACAGAGCGUAAUUAUUAAGGUACAACUGUAGGUUAUUUUCGUGAAUUGUAAACAAUCUUAAGAUACAGUGAGCUUCUUUUUUUGUUGUAUAUCGAUGUAAGUGGGUUGUCAAUAGACAUUUCCCUGCUCAAAAGACUGCCUAAAAGGGAUAUUUCACCUUAGCCAUUGUAUUAGGAAAGUUUGAAUGUUUUGUCAUUUAAAAGGGCCAUUCUUUAGGUUAGCAUGACAGAUAAGACUGACAAGGGAAAAACACAGUCACAACACUCAUUUCAUUCCAUAUACUAACAAAUCUUUUGUUUACUAACAACUGUAACUGAUAUAUUAGAUAGUAGUAGCACAAGAAAGUUAAUUAGCACAAUUAUUUGGCAGAAUUGCACAAGGUAAAUAGUCGAGCAAGCCAAAACAUAACAGUAUAGAAAAUUAUCACACUAAUAGUCAUUAAAACAAUGUACCAUUAUCAUAAAGUAGAGCACACUGCACAACCCACAGCCUUCAUGUUUGGUUAGCUUUUGGAAGCAGACCUCACAGUGAAUGGUGGAAGAGAAGAGAA